CAUCGCCACGGAGUUAUCAGAAACAUGGUCCUACCAAUAUAUUCGCCUCGAUAAUAUAUUCGAAGUAUAAUUAGUGCGUUCACGUGCUGGUAGAAAAAGGACUAAAUUCCUGCAGUAUAGAUUAGUGUCUAAAAAUUGACGAAUUAGUGGUAAACAGUGUUAUCGACUACUCGAGGCCUCUAACCUCAAAUAUUUUCUCAGACUAUAUCAUACCAAUUCAAAGAGAAUCCGUAUAAUAAAGCCAAUGACAUGGGAUGCGGAGAGGACAUGGUCAGGGUAAAAGAAGAGCCAAACGAUGAUCAUUUCGAUUCUAAGGACUUUUGCGAAGUCAAAAACUUUGAAACGUUGCCAUUUCAUAAAUCGGCAAAUCACAUGAAUGAAUUUAUGCAAGAAAAUUUAGACAAAAAAAUGUUCAUCGAUUUUGAGUGCAAAAAUGUAAAACCCGAAGUGCCGUCUCUAUCAGCCUCCGUUUGCAAAACUGAGAAUCAAAGUUAUCCACCAAUGGUGAAGUCAGAAAAAGUAAGUCAGACCAAUGACGUGAAUGAAAAAAUAUUGAUUGAUUUUGAGUGCAAAGAUGUUAAACCUGAAUGGAAGUCCCUGAAGAAAAAAAACUCCAAAUCUGGGUAUCGAAUUUCUCAAACAAUUGUUAAAAUAGAAAGUGAAAGUCAAAUAGAAGACAAGCAGAAUACAAUUUCAAAAAAUUUGAUAAAAAACGAAUGUAAUUAUGAAAAUAAUCAUCGACUGUAUGACAACUUACAUCUAAAACCGAGCGCACUCGAGGAGUUACAAAUUUUUGAAGAAACUGUUGAAAAACAAUUAUCGUAUAAGUCUGAAAUGCAUCGCGAAUCAUUAACAGCAGAAGCAAAUCUGAAGAAGCAAAUUAAUUCCAUGGAUAAAAAUAUUAGAUCGUAUGAAUGUGAGAUUUGUCACAAAUCAUUUGGAAAAAAAGGAACUCUCAAUUAUCACACAACAGCAGUACAUGAUCGAAGCAAACCCUUUGAAUGUGAGAUUUGUCACAAAUCAUUUGGAGUGAAGAGUACUCUCAAAACUCACAUAAUGACAGUACAUAACCGGAGUAAACCUUAUGAAUGUGAAAUUUGUCACAAAUCAUUUGGAAUAAAGGGUACCCUCAAAAAUCACUUAAGUGCAGUACAUAAUCGGAGCAAACCCUUCGAUUGUGAAAUUUGUCACAAAUCAUUUGGAGAAAAAGGUUAUCUCAAAACUCACAUAAUGACAGUACAUAACCGGAAUAAACCUUAUGAAUGUGAAAUUUGUCACAAAUCAUUUGGAAUAAAGGGUACCCUCAAAAAUCACUUGAGUUCAGUACAUAAUCGGAUCAAACCCUUUAAAUGUGACAUUUGUCACAAAUCAUUUGGAUAUAAGGGUGACCUCAACAGACAUACAAGUUUAGUUCAUAAUCGGAGUAAACCAUUUAAAUGUGAAAUUUGUCACAAAUCAUUUGGGUAUAUGGGUGACCUCAACAAACAUAAAAGUUCAGUUCAUGAUCGGAUUAAACCCUUUGAAUGUGAGAUUUGUCACAAAUCAUUUGGAACAAAAGGUAACCUCAAAUUUCACAUAAAUAGAGUACAUGAUCGGAAUAAACCGUUUGAGUGUGACAUUUGUCACAAAUCAUUUGGAAAAAAGGGAACUCUCAAUUAUCACACAACAGCAGUACAUAACCAGAGUAAACCUUAUGAAUGUGAAAUUUGUCAUAAAUCAUUCGCACAUAAAAGUAUCCUUCAGCGUCACGUACGUGGAGUACAUAAUCGCAGUAAAUCCUUUGAAUGUGAAAUUUGUCACAAAUCAUUUGGAUACAAGUGUGCCCUCAAGAGACACAUAAAUGUAAUACAUUAUAGCAGCAAAUCGUAA